AUGUCAGUUCUCUUGGGAGAGCAGAAGUCGUCGAGGAUCGUAAGAUCUACUUGGUCAGGCGGUAAUGCGCCUGCUGGGAAUUUUGAUGGCAAUCCAGUGCUUUUCGGCCCUGUCCAAAUGGUAAAGGUAAUAGCAAUUCCAGCAAUAAUUAACAGAGCGCCUAAAAUUACUUUGAGAGAUAUGGAUGCUUCACCAACGAUUCGUCCAAUUAUAGCUGUAAACAAGAAAGUCAAAGAGUUGACUAGCGGUACAACUUCGGUUAACGGUUGA